AUGGAAAGACAUGCCUUAUUAUGUUCAACACCACAACAAUCAAGUCAGCCGACUGAAGAAUCGCUAAUUAGAGCUCCAUCAGAGCAAUCAUCUGUUUCAACUUCUAUUAGACGUAUGCAAAUUCCAACGAAAGCAAGUGAUGUGGAUCAAUUCCUGGAUGCUAUCUUUGAACAGGUGUUACCAGCGAAUGACCUAGAAAGAACUGAUGAUAGUCAUAUAAGUGCUUCAAUGAUCACUCCAACAAUUAAAGGAACUAUUGCUAAUGAUGCAAAUGAAACUUUACAAUCGGUAUCGCAACAAUGCCUUACAACAACGGUUAAUUAUGCGGCACAACCGAUGAUGUUAAUGCUACCUGUAAAUGGUCGUAUGCUUACUUCAAACCAACAACAACAAGAAAAUCAUGAGCAAACAUAUGAUAAUAAUACCGCAUCUAAUGGUACCAUUACUGCUACAGCACUACCAUCAGUAAUGCCAAUUAUGAUGAUGUGUAUGUCACCAACACCAACAACAACUGUUACAGCAUGUCUAUCACCAGUAUCAACAAAAAACUCAAUGGUUACUGAUAAUCUCUCCCAUCCGGACGAUCGAACAUUAUCAUCUGCAUCAGCUUAUCAGAAUUACAAUACAAUAUCCUCUCCGUAUAGCAAUGGUACCAUGACGUCUAACACCUACGGAGAUGGUAAUAGUUAUAACGAGCACAAUGAUGGCGAAUUAUCAGUUUCAUCAACUACAAUGAUAAUUCGAUCUUCACCGCUUCCCGAAACAGCACAAUCGCCCACAAAUUUAGGCGAGAAAUGUCGCGUCGGACAAAUACAACCAACUUCAACUAAAGCUCGGUAUAUUGGACCAGUGCAUCCACAAACAAAUGAAUGCUUGAAAAGUCCACCAUUAACAACAAAAAAUUUACAUUAUAAGCAAAAAGAACAAAAUCAAUUACAUUUUCAUCAAUUCGAUUGUAACAAAAAUCAAUUUAAUUCGAUUGAAACAGACAAGAAUAAUUUUUAUGGUACAACUACGCGAGAUAAAACAAAUUCAGGAAGAUCUGCAGUAUUAUCAAAGGGAAAUAAUACAUCAUCACCAUCCUCUUCAUAUCCAUCAUUACGGCGAAUACAGCCAUAUUUACGAUCACAAACACCACAAUCACCAUCACCACCACCACGAUUAGUAAAUAUACCAGAAACAGAAUUCGGUACUGAAAUUAUCGAUGGAAGAGAAAUCAUUUCCAACAAUAAUUGUCCAAAACUGAACAUUUAUGGUAGUGCUGGAAUAAGGAAUGCAAAUGUAUGUAAUACUACAAAUUCAGAUGAUAUCAUACAGAGAAAGAAAUUGCUGAGAACUGUUGUUGAAUUUGAAAAUGAUACAUUAAAAAGGAUUGGUGGAAAAGGAGAAAUUAUUUAUGGUAGUAGCCCUGCAACAAAAAAUGUAACUGUUUCUAAUACAAUAAAUUCUCUGAAAAGCAAUAAGAAGCAACAACAACAGCAACAGCAGCAGCAACAACGACGACAGUAUCUGGAGCAACAAGAAAUGUUACCUUAUCGUUCUGAAUCCGAUAAUGAAUCAUCACGAACAAUCUCUCGACGUAAUGUUGAAGCAUUAAAAGAAUUUGAAGGGCAACGUGAAAUACUUGGAGAAUGGAUAAAUGAAAUGGAUGAAGGACAAAAUCAUUCUCAAACAAUGGAAGAAGUUGCAAUUCAUCAAGAUAACUUAACAAAAUUUCAACAGAAGAAGCAACAACAACAGAGAGUACAAUAUUAUAUGCAAGAUGAUGAUUAUAAUAAACAGUAUUAUCAAAAUAAUAUUCAACAACAACAAUCAGUGAUACCAUAUUUUACGCAAGAUGGUCAGCAAAAUGAGCAACAACGUGAACGUCCCGCUGUUCAGUAUGUUCAACAACCAUAUGAUAUAAUGAUCCGUAAACAAAUAUUUCAUCCGAAUGAACAGCUUGGAGAAGAACAAGAAAUCGAUUUAAUUUUUGCUCAAAUUAUUAACGACUGUCGUAAACCUAAAAGUUAUCGAAUUCAUAAUAAUGAACGUGAUGCCGUAAGUCAAAUUUUACGCAACUAUCGUAUUCCUCCCGAUUUGCUCGAUAAUCCUCAAUUAAUUACGAUGGAUGUUAAGAUAGCUGUUAUCCAAUAUGCUCGACGAUGGCCAUUAUACUUUAGUGUUCAAUUUCCAGUAGUGGAUCAUUUUAUAAAUAGAAUUACUAAUGAAGUAAUAAACGCACGUCGAAUCUUAAGUGUUCAUGAAUCGGGUCUCACAUUGUUAAACAAAGAUGUUAAUGAUGAUAAGAUAGAAUUAAAUAUUUUGGAUCAUUUCAAUUAUGGUGAUAUUAUUGAUAUGCAAUUAGAUGGUACUGGUCGACAAUUACGCUUGCAAACACGUCAAGAUUCACAUUUAUUAUUACAAUCAAUUCAAGCACAAGAAAUUCAAUUAUUAAUUGAUAAAAUGAUGUCAAUUAAUGGUGGAAAAGUGCGAAUAUAUAUGCGUGCUAUAGCUGAUUAUAUUACAAAUGAACCUAAUUUACUUAGUUUUUCCAAAGGUGAUAUUAUACAAAUCAUAGAUCGAAAUGAAGAACCAAUUGAGCAAAAUAAUGAACAAUGGUUAUAUGGUAGAAUUGGUAAUCAUUUUGGUAAUUUACCAGCAAACUAUGUUGAACCAUUAGAUUCAUUUGGCCAAGUAAUUAAUUAUUAA